AUGGGGGAAGGAGAAUACUCUGGUGAUUGUGUUGGAUUUGAUGGUUGGAUGGUGGUUCCCAGUGAAGAAGAGAUAUUUUGUGUAGCUGUAUAUAAAAAGACUUCCGUAUGGUUUCAGAGAACAAUACCCACAGAGGUUAGGUGUAGAUCUCUCAUUUUCUCUCUUGCAAUUCAACAUUUUAGUCAAGGUUUUGAAAUUGAACCUCGAGCAUCUUUUACAAGCUGUCAAAUGGAACAAACUUUGAAGUUGGGUCCCAAAAAAAUGAAAGGAACAACAUGGGAUGAAGGUGGCAAGAGUAACCUCAUGCAAAUUCUAAUUUCAUAUGGAAAAAAUACGGUCUAUUCGAUCCAGUUUGUGUAUGCUGUAAAUGGGGUAAUGCGUCCUUCAGCAAUUCAUGGAAAACCCUAUGGUUCAAAAUUUGAUAUUGUGAUGUUUGAUGAGCAAAAAGGGGAGUAUUUGACUUGUGUAAGUGGUCAAUAUGGAAAAAAGAAAUUGAGUUCAAUUACAUUUGGCACCAACAAGAGUACGUAUGGACCCUACGGAAGUACUCUUAGGAGUUCGGAUCCGCAGUUUGUGUAUAAGUUCAUGCCUGCGUUUUCGUUUGGGGGAUUUCAUGGUAGUGUUUACAAGUCGUGUCUGUGUUCCAUUGGGGUCUAUGUUAGGCCCCUUGGAUUGAAUGCUGAUAAAGGUGAUGAAGAUGCAUGAUCAAAGUACUAUUUGUUCAUGAUGGAUGGGCUAAAAGUAGCAAAUUGGUUUUAGAGUUUUAUUAAUAAUUGCAUUGAGUCAUUACUUUCACUUUCUCUUGUUUUUUAAUCAAUUCCGUAUGCUUAUUGAGUUUCUUAAUAUGCGA